AUGAAUCACCUUGACUUCCACGGGUGUCCACAAGUCCGAGUCUCAUAUGUAUUGACCAAGGACGAGGGCGAUGACAUCCAAAGUCUCUUGCUCCGAUCAGACUUUUGCUUCAACGACUUCAAGGCCUUCCCAGAACAAAAGAAAUGGAAACUGCAUAAGAAUGGGAUGCUAGAGACGAAACUGCAGCCAGGUAACCCGUAUGGUGCCAAGCCACGGCUACUUCAGGCAUGGCUAUUCUUUGGCCUCAUUACAUGUGUCAUGCGCACAAAGAAGUCGCUUUUUCAUUUCGGUGAUCUCGUUGCCAGCAAAGGCGGAAGUCGACAUCUCCAAACCGAUAGCCUUCCGGAGAAAUUACAAUACUGGCAUGACUGGAUGAAAAACAACAUCGACGGUGGCCUGGUGCACUCAAGGCUCAUCGAAGCAGACAAGGCCCUGCAGCUUGCUCGCAAGGUUAUUCGCGCAAACUGCUUAGAAUCAGGCCCUGCGUCUGAGGUUUCUGAACAGGACACGCCUGUUGGUGUUGGUGUUGGUGUUGGUGCCAGUGCCAAGACACCUAACAAGCUUUCCCCCAAGAGCCAGAGUGCUGGCGAAAACGGUGGCCGUUCGUCGGAAAACGAACCGAAGGUAGAUGAGCAAGACCGGCUGUUCCUUUGUCUCAUGGCUCUUGGUGAAACUCUUAGCGCUGUCAAACUUCACGUCAUCAAGGACCUGGGCUUAUGUAUGAACGACUGGCUGACUUUUGAUGACGAGGGCUGGGGUCCACCAUCCUAUGUUCUCAAGGAAAUGAAGGAGAAUAAAUGGUGCCCUAGGACUCGGAAAGUGUUGCUUGGACAAUUAGGCCCCAGUGCCAUACUGCUAUCCGCAGCGUUGAAAGCAAACAGAGGCAUUUCAGGCUCGCAACAACACGGGUGUUGCACAGCCGACGAGUGCGUCCAACUACCAGGCCCAGAGCCGGAGCAGGAAGCUUCCACUGGUCAGAGGAAGGUGGCAUAUCCGCCACAGCAUUACGAACCGCUUUGCGAUUCUGGAGGUAAAUGUCGUCUCCUGGGACCCGAUAUGGGGAUUGUCACCAGGAUUCUCCGUGAAGCAGAUUCCACAACUGAAGACUAUGAAUUUCCUAUUUUCAGAAUCAGUAUGCGGAAAGCCUCUUCUGACAGUGGUGAGCGAGAUCAUAUCAAUGGUAUCACCGUGGAGAGAUGGGCGUGGGAGGAUAGCCGGAGUCUGAGGACUCCAAAUUUCGCAACCAUUUCACACAUAUGGUCCCAGGGAAUGGGAAAUGAGGGCGAGAACAAGCUUUACGCAUGCCAGCUAAGGCUGAUUCUGCAAGCUCUAGAAGCGGCCGGAGUCAGCAAUCGUGAAUGGCAAACGGAGACGUUCUCUAGCCAGGUCACCAGCCAACAGAUCAAAGAUGUAAAUGACGAUGAAGGCGCUCAAGAGUCCAACAGUGGUAGCGAGCUCAGUGAACCAUUUUGGAUGGACACUUUCGCCAUUCCGGUCAAGGAACAGGACGGAAAAAUUCAGAAGACCUUUGAAGAAACGAAGAAAAGAGCCAUCCGGCAAAUCUACCCAGUCUUCAACUCGGCUACUUGCACAAUUGUCAUCGAUAAGGAUCUCUGCCGAAUCGGUAGCGACUCGGCAAUCAUGCGAAUAUUAACCAGCGCUUGGAUGCGACGCAUGUGGACUCUACAAGAGGCAUUCCUCAGCAGACGCCUGAGAUUUGUUUUCCAAGCACGUGGAGGUGGUGGUUUCAUGCUGGAGGACUUGGACGAACUGAUAGCGGAUAUGGGUGGCGCAACGAACCCAAACUCUGUGGCCCUCCGACUAUCGGUAACCGAGUUCUUCAAGCGCAAGCUAUAUCAAAAUUUGAUGGGGGAGGACAGGGAGAUCAGGAACCGAAAAGACCAUCCGAUCGAAGUAAGGGGCUCCCAGCGCCUGGCGGUCCAGCCGUUGGCGGAAGACGAGGUGCUCGCCCUCUCAACUCUGCUCAAUCUAGACUACAAAGGUACCAUUAUCGAAAGAGCCGGCGAGAUAGCUAAGGAGAGCAAUGAAGAGCAUCGGAGGAAGGAGCGUGCAAACAUGAUGAAGGAAUUUCUGAUCCUCAUCCAUCGCAGUUACCAAGGAUCCAUACCGUCGGGACUGAUCUUCUUACCCGGAGAGAGGCUCUCGGCACCGGCGUUCGGAUGGGCGCCAAGAACAUGGCUCUGUGGCCAAGACGAAGACCACCCCUAUCCUUUGAACAUGGCUGGUAGACCUACAGAGUUACAUGAGGAAGGGCUGCUUGUACACCCCGGUAUCCUGCUGCACGGGAUCCCGGGUCGUGAUAUUCUGAAGAGCUCGGCGAUAGGCCUCGUGUUUCCCACCGACCGAUACCUAACUGAGUGGUAUAAGAUCGUCAACAGCGAAGAUGAUGCCGUGCCAGAACCAGAAACGGCGGUCAAAACAGACCCCCCAACCGAAACAUAUGCCAUGGGAGUAAUCCUGUCGCGCCCCAGACCUCUAGAUGAACCACCAGAGAUAGGAUUGUUGGUUGAGAUUCACGAGGAGAAAUGGAGGCGGAAGGAGCCAGAGCGGAUCAACAGAAAAAUCUAUCGCUGCCAAAUCAUCCGCCGUGUCCUGGUUUCGCGAGUCCUAAUCAGCUCACCUGCCGAAGUUCAGUUGCCAAUGUGCUCUGGGGCAUCGGUCACAGACCCCAACACGACGAAGGCCAUCGGAGAGGUGAUGCCAGAUGAUACACUGUGGUUUGUCGACGGGCAACCGGAUGACCAAGGUACAGAAAUGUUGCGGCCGCCGAGACAUGGCCACAGCUCUGAAGAUACGACGAACCCUGGAGACAGUUUUGCUCCAGUCAGUCUGGACAAACCCUCUAUAAGUGAGAGCACGCCCUUCAGCGUUGGCAAGCCAUCUGAGGACUGGAAGGCAGUACUUUGGUAUCACAAAUGGCCGUGGCCCUGGGUUCGGCCAAGUCAGCCAAAGUAA